AUGUAUCAAGACUUACGAAAGAGUUUUUGGCGAUAUGGGAUGAAGAAAGAAGUAGUCAAAUAUGUUGAGAAGUGCUUAACCUGCCAAAAGUCAAAAGCGGAACAUCAGCGUAUGAGCAUUGUGCCAAACAGAGACCUAAAGUUCACAUCAAAGUUUUGGGGAAGUCGGCAAGGAGCCUUGGGAACCAAGUUGAAACUGAAUUCUACUCAUCAUCCCCAAACUGUCAGUUAUCACGCUAGUAUUGGAAUGGUACCAUAUACGGCAUUGUAUGGAAGGAAGUGCAGAACACCCCUAUGUUGGUACAAAGCUAAAGAAGCAAUUCUAUAUGCAUCAGAUUUGGUUCAGCAGCAGAACGACCAAGUCAAAAUGAUUAGAGAGAAUAUUGAGGUUGCAUAG